UCCUUAUUGACCUCACAUUUGAAUUCCGUUGUUAUACACCAAAUGCUUGGCUAUAGCCUCAUUCAUACUGCUAUCAUCAAUAGUCCCUCCAGAAGAGGAUAUCCUCAAUUUUUGCUAAGGUCUUCUCUAUCUUCAACUACGAUUACACGUAGGGUGUACCCUCUAAAGACAAAUUGCACAUUUUUGCUGUAUCGCAAUACAUCCAUACAAGCCCUCACCAUUAUAGAAUACAAUUCAAUCUCAAAAGCAAAAAGAUAUGUAUAUUCUGUAGUUGACGAUGCAGCUAUCAAUCAGCAUUCAUUACGAAAAACGAAUGCGUUUCGACAAGAAAUAAACCCUAAUGCAAGUACGGCUACUACCUUGGCACACAAAAAACAUAACGUGGUCAUACCAUUACAUAAAUAUACAGGCUAUAAAUCUCAAGUGAGACAAAUCCAUCAUCGUCGCGACUUAGGGCCAAGAACUUACCGUCGCAAAGGGCUAUCACUUUACAUUGGCAAGGCGUUUGGCAUGCAUGGAGGAUUUUUAUCGCUAUCCUAUUUCACACCUAUUUUUUUGCUAGCUGUGGUCUCGAUCUCAAUAUUGCUUGUUAAAUAUAGCGUCUUAGAUGAAGAAUUAAAGGGCAUCAUUCCCAACGAAAAUCAGACCUGUCUACUCUCUUAUCUUCCAACUCGUUAUGUUUCUAGACUUUGGGGAAAAAUUGCUCAUACUGAAAUUCCAGUUGGACUAAGAAGUUUAAUUUACACGUUUUAUGCAAAGUGCUUUGGCUGUAACCUAGAAGAAAUUUCUACCCCUCUUGAGUCAUACCUCACGUUUAAUGCGUUUUUCACUCGACGUCUUGACUUGAAACAUCGUCCAAUUUCUAAUGAACCUAUUGUUAGUCCGGUAGACGGCGUAGUUGUGCAUUUUGGAAAGAUAGAGAAUAACUGGAUCGAGCAGAUUAAAGGAAUCAAGUACCGACUUUCUUCUUUGCUAGGUACAGAUGCACCCAAAAUUAUCCGUCAAAUGGGAAAUUUUGACUCUGUGGAUUUGCGCUCGAUGCCUAAAGAUAACUCAUCAAUCCAGUAUGCGCUUCCAAAUAAUCUUUUUUAUCUAGUUAUUUAUUUAGCUCCAGGAGAUUACCAUGGUGUUCACUCUCCCACCGACUGGACGAUCAAGCAUGUUCGCCAUAUUCCUGGACAUUUACUUAGCGUGUCUGCCUGGUCUACUAAUCUUGUUCGUGGACUCUUGUCUAUCAACGAAAGGUUGAUUAUAAACGGCACGUGGACACAUGGAUUUUUUUCUAUGGUUCUUGUGGGUGCACUAAAUGUUGGUUCUAUAAGCCUAGAGUUUGAUCCAAAUAUAAGCACCAAUUUGGUCCACCAAAAUGCAAAUUCCCUAUUGACAGAUUUUGUCUAUUCAAAAUUUUCAAAAAAAGGUGAACUUGCCUCUUUUUUUAACAUGGGGUCAACUGUCGUAUUGGUUUUCGAAGCUCCAGAUAGCUGGAAAUGGAAUAUAAAUGCAAACGACCGAAUCAAGUUGGGCCAAGCUAUAGGAUCACUUGAUGAUUCCAAUGCUAGCCCUCUAAAACAACUGGCUUAGUCAUUAGUUUUUUAUUUUGCUUCAAUCAACCCUAUAAUAGAUAAGCAUAGUGUAUUCGAUUAUUAAAUAUUUACAGAAGAUUUUUGUUAAUUGAUAUUUGGAUAGGCAAAGGUGCAAUUUGUUUUUGAAUACUCUGUCAAAUACCUUGAACUUUUUGCACUCUUAUAGAUUCUCAUUAAUAAAAAAAUCGAUUUUUCACAA